GCGAACGGGAAGGCUGGUUGAGUGGUGUUGAGGCUCGCGGCAAAUUUAUUCUGGAAAAAGGCAGGAUGUUCCAACGUGUUGCUCAGUCCGUGCGCGCCCACGGGGCCAAGGCCGCGGCCGGCGCCGGCGCGUCGCUCGUCGCCGCCAGCGUCAUGACCGGCGUCACCUCGUUCAGCGACGACUGCAUCCCGUCGCCGCACUAUGGCUUUGAGCACCAGGGCCCGCUGACGUCGUUCGACUACGCCAGCGUCCGCCGUGGGUACCAGGUGUACAAGGAGGUCUGCUCGACGUGCCACUCGCUCGAUAAGAUCCACUUCCGCCACCUUGUCGGCGUGACCCACACCGAAGACCACGCGAAGAAGCUCGCGGCCGACAUUGAGGUCGUCGAUGGCCCGAACGACGAAGGCGAGAUGUUUGACCGCCCGGGCAAGCUCUCGGACCCGUUCCCGAAGCCGUAUGCCAACGACGAGGCCGCCGCCGCCGCCAACAACGGCGCCGUGCCGCCGGAUCUUUCGCUCAUGGUCAAGGCCCGCCACGCCGGUGCCGACUACAUUUUCUCGCUCAUGACGGGCUACGUGCCGGCGCCGGAAGGCAACGAUGUGGGCGCGGGUCUCCACUACAACCCGUACUUCUCGGGUGGCAUGAUUGCCAUGGCCCAGCCGUUGAACGACGGCCAGGUCGAGUACGAAGACGGCACGCCGGCCACGGUCUCGCAGAUGGCCAAGGACGUCGCGUGCUUCCUCUCGUGGGCCGCCGAGCCCGAGCACGACGAACGCAAGAAGAUGGGCAUGCAGUGGUGCUUUGGCCUCUUUGUCACUGCCCUCUUCACGGGCUACUAUAAGCGCAUGCGAUGGGCCCCGUUGAAGACCCGUAAGAUUACUUACUUCAAGUAAUUUCGUAGAAAAAGCCUAGAGCAGCAGCAAGAAGAAAUCAUGUUUACACCUACUUGAUCGAGCUCGUCGCUCGCCCUCGUCUCCUGCGUCGCUAGCAUGUAUGUUGGACCAAUAGACCCCAAUGAUCUUAUUCC